GACAAUAUGGCGGGGGCUGGAGCUGCGGUCGGAAGGAGGAAGUGUCAUUCAUGCUAGGCUUGCAGGGAGGGGGGCUCCUCGUAACCGCACAGCUCUCGCAGCGGCGUCCCCGGCGUCCCGUGUGUUGGGUGAGGGGAGCCGGGGCGCCCCAGUAUGCGCUGAGUGAGCCGGCAGCAUCCAGGGAGCCGGCGCCGCCAUGUCCUUCUUCCGCAGGAAAGUGAAAGGAAAAGAUCAAGACAAGCCAGAUGCGAAAGUAUUUAGAGAAGCUGCACCUGCACCAGUACAUUCCCCAUCAAGAAGUCCAAAAAAUAAUGCCUUGCUGGUGGCCGCUGGACCGAGCCAUGUGGCUAUCAAUGCCAUAUCGGCCAAUAUGGACUCUUACUCAAGCAGCAGGACUGCUGCACUCAAAAAGCAGCCAACUCACAUGGAAGCUACACAUUUUGGAGACCUUGGCCGAUCGUGUCUGAAUUAUGAGUCACAAGAUGCAAAGUCAAAUCUUUCAAAAACUCUUGUACAAGUUCUCCAAGACAAUUUGGCCCUCCCUUAUUUUAUUCAGUUUAUGGAACUCCGCAGAAUGGAACAUUUAGUGAAGUUCUGGCUGGAGGCUAAAAGUUUUAACUCCACUACCUGGUCCCGAAUUAGAGCAUACAGUCUAAACACAGUCAAGCACAGCACUUUGGCAGAGCCCAUGUCACCUUCUCCAAGGCGGCCGGAUCAGUCUGCGGCUUCAGUUGAUCAGCAGGCCCAAGAUUGCUCUAAACUUCCACAACAUACAUCCAGAUUGAAAGCGUUAGGUUCUGCAGCAAACCAACGCAACGCUUCACAGACUAAACAGAAGAUGGGGAGCAUGCCAGCUAUUCAGCUAGAACUGUCUACGGGUGACACCUUACUCCCCUAUGAGCAGUCUUCCAAGCUUAACGCAUCAAACAGGAACAGUCCUAUAGACGAAGGGCUAGCUGACAUGUCCCAGAAGUUAAUGAAGGGUAUAGAACGGGAUGCUGUGAACACAUUCACCAAAUACAUUUCUCCGGAUGCUGCUAAACCCAUCCCCAUCAGUGAGGAAAUCAGGAGCGAUAUUGUAGCAAAAAUCUGUGGCGAGGAUGGCCAAGUGGACCCCAACUGCUUUGUUACGGCACAGUCCAUAGUUUUUAAUGCGAUGGAACAAGAGCACUUUUCAGAAUUUUUACGAAGUCAACAUUUCUGUAAAUACCAGAUUGAGGUGCUGACCAGUGGAACGGUGUACCUGUCGGAUAUUUUGUUCUGCGAGUCUGCUCUCUUUUAUUUCUCAGAGUACAUGGAGAAGGAAGAUGCAGUCAAUAUAUUACAAUUCUGGUUGGCUGCUGACAAUUUCCAGUCUCAACUUGCACUCAAGAAUGGACAGUACGAUGGACAGGAGGCGCAGAACGACGCAAUGAUCCUUUAUGAUAAGUAUUUUUCUCUACAAGCAACGCACCCAUUAGGCUUUGAUGACUCUGUGCGGCUAGAAAUAGAGUCCAACAUUUGCCGGGAAGGAGGCCCACUCCCAAACUGCUUCACCACUCCAUUACGUCAGGCUUGGACCACCAUGGAGAAGGUUUUCUUGCCGGGCUUCCUCUCUAGCAAUCUGUAUUAUAAGUACUUGAAUGAUCUGAUUCACUCAGUGAAGGGUGAUGACUAUACGUGGACUGGAGCUGGAAAUCCAAGUCAAGGAAACCAAGGCACUCCCAACCAUGAGCCCUGUGCUGGGGCAUCGGACAUCUCCACCUCUCAGACUAACGUCAAAAAGAGCAAUGUAAAAAUUCUGAAAAACUUUGAUGAAGCAAUAAUUGUUGAUGCUGCAAGCCUGGAUCCCGAGUCGCUCUAUCAACGAACAUAUGCUGGGAAAAUGUCUUUCGGGACAGUGAGUGAUCUAGGUCAGUUUAUCAGAGAGUCGGAGCCCGAGCCGGAUGUGAAGAAAUCCAAAGGGUCGAUGUUCUCCCAAGCGAUGAAGAAAUGGGUCCAGGGUAACACAGAUGAGGCUCAAGAAGAAAUGGCUUGGAAGAUAGCAAAGAUGAUAGUUAAUGAUGUGAUGCAGCAGGCACAGUGGAGUCCUCCACCAGACACCUCUACUAAGGUAUAAGAUCCAUGGCGUCACACCACUCUCUGUCUGACGUGACUUUCAAAAGUUCCUUGCACUUACAGAUGUGUUACAGCAACUGUGCUGAAUAAGAGAAAGCAAUUAAAGCCAGUGUCGGGAUCAAAGCUUUUGGGACUAGAAGAAUAAAAAAAAAAAUAUGUUGUUCUUUUGACUAAGCCUCUCCCAAUAUAAUCUCUAUGAAGAUGUGCGCAGGGUACUUAAGGUGACCACGAAGGUGAACACACACGAAGUGUGAACUAAGACUUCCUUCAGAGAUGCUGCAUGUUUCCGUGGUUAACACUUCAGGGUGAUUCUGGUCACUUUGUGAUCUUUCUGCACUGGAAAUAUCAUUCAAUAUGAAUAUGGAAAAGAUCACAGGAGUGUCAACAAGAGCCACAGGCCGGUCCAGGACCAUUCAGGAUAAGUUUUGAUACCUGCCUAGAUCAGUCGGUUCUCUAUU